UGUGUGAAGAUAUGUAUUAAUCACAAACAUACAGAUUAUAUAGUUUUUUUUUUGUCUAUUUAAAUUUGAAACCUUUUCUGCCUAGCCAUAUUUCAAUAGUUUUAUUAAAGGGGUAGUUUUGGAGAAGAACUAUUAAUGUGGUACUAAAACACACUCAGAAAUAAUUAUUUCAUUCGUAACUGAAUAAGCAAGUAGCUCUCAGAGGAAAAUACUAUUCCCAGAACAGUAUUUGAAGCAAUAAAGGUGGCAGGGUCUGCCACAAUAAAACAAAAUUAAACAGUGUGAAACCGUGUUGUUCCUUAGUUACUUGAGGCAUAAAAAGUGAGUCAAUGAAGAUCUCUCUCUUCUGAUUAUAAUUUCUUCCCUAAGACUACAGAAUGCACCAAAGCUGUAGUCUGUAUUUUUGGUUAGAUUUGCUAAACUUGUCAUCCUGACCUGACAGUAGAAUAAGGUACAGGUCAGCUGUCUGUGGCUCCACCUAGUGGCUGCAAUUUUAUUUGCAAGAAUCCACCUCUCCAGGAUCAACACAACCAAUCAGAGCCAAGGGGUGUGUCUGAGAAGUGUCAAUCAUUCUCCUCCAUGCUGGCAGUGCCCCUCCCUCCUACAGGUGCAGUGUCUGCUCUCACCUGGUCAGAUAAGCUCAAGCUCAAACUCAAACAUGCCCCACUAUUGCCCACAUCAAAGAGGAGACUUAAGAAGACUGAAGAAGAAAAGCAGUGUAAAAACAAAGAACUGGACCGAGCCAGAGAGAAAACGAGAAUAAAUAUCAGAGGAUCAUUCCAGAGGUGGAGGAGCUGCGGGAUUUGUAAGGACUCCAGAGCGACGCAGAGUUGUCGGCUUUUCUGCUGGACAGGUUCUUCAGGAGGAGCGACCGCCAACACCAGAGAAUAAAAAUGAUGCUGAGCCCGGACCAGGCGGAGGGGGACCUCUCCUGGACCCAGUCCGACCCGGAGUCGAUGCUCAACGGCCUCAAGUCGGCCGGCUGCACCUCGGACGAGCCGGCGGAGGGCGAGGACAGGGCCAAGUGCAAAGCCGACCAGCCCCUGAGCAGGGAGGAGAAGAGGAGGAGGCGGAGGGCCACGGCCAAGUACCGCUCGGCCCACGCCACCAGAGAGAGGAUCCGGGUGGAGGCGUUCAACGUGGCCUUCGCCGAGCUGAGGAAAUUACUGCCCACCUUGCCCCCGGACAAGAAACUGUCCAAGAUCGAGAUCCUCAGACUGGCUAUAUGCUACAUCUCGUAUCUCAAUCACGUGCUGGAUGUCUAAAAGCGCCCCCAUGAGAGAGAGAAAGCGGCUGGGGUUGGUUUUUAGGAUUGGACUCAAAGGCGCAUGCUGUGCGUCAAUUGGGUAUGGCAAGGUUUGGCAGCUCGGGUCGACUGAUGACGGGGAUUUUAUGUAUUUAUUUCUUUAUCUGUUUUUAAAGCAGAUGCCAGGUGUUUUUACAGCUGAUGCAAAUAUCCACCAGUUUAUAAUAAGUCCGUUGAUUUAAAAAAAAUAUGGGGGAAGAAAAGUUGCGCACACACGUGAAAAGUUACAAAAUCCAAAAACAAAAAAAAAAUGAACAUUUUAAUUAAUUUAGUUGAGAAAUAACCACGUUACAUCCCAGAUUAUCUCGUUACACUUCUGUAUUCAGCGAAGUUCAGGCUUGGUUAUCAAUCACAAACUGAUAUAUGGUCUAACACCUGUGACACGAGCCCCCUUCUCGCCUCGACAUCCGGAACUCCAUUAACAUUUUUGCGGUUUUUAAUUAAAACAGCCUGGCACAAUUAAAAUCCUCACAAACAACCACGAGUUCAGCCUGAAAUGAGUCGAUUAUGAAUCCAUCUUGUCUCCGGCUGCUAUUGCUUUGCCAUACCUGUAUAUAUGACUGAGCGGAGCCCCUCAGUGUGAGGUCCGGCGUUGGUAAUGAUGGUGUAAAGUUGUCGGGGGGGAAAAAAAAACUGCUCCGAGUCCAGAACCGCCCCACUGAACAAGGAAAAAAAGAGCGUCAAGCGCCGGAGUCGUUUGAGCUGGGUUUUUUUUAA